UUCUAAAAAUAUUUAUUUUCUUCUUCUAUUUGAAAUGUUAUAAAAAUAAUAAUUGAUUGUCUAAACAAUAACAUAAACAAUAAUAAUAAUAAUAAUAAUAAUAAUAAUAAAAGUAGUAAUCCUUGAAUAUUGUAUAAAAUAUGUUUGUGAUAAAAAAGAAAAAACAAGUGUUUAAUUUAAUAUAAAAUAAUAAAAACAAGUGUUAUGUGGUGGUGGUUUGAUGAUGGGGUGGAUGAAAAUAAUGUCAAUAUGGGCAGUGACAUGGUCUUUUUGUUUAAUUAUAAAUGGAUUGGUUAAUCCUUCAUCGUUGCCACAAUCCUCAUCUUCAUCAUCAUCAUCAUCAUCAUCCUCAUCAACAUCGCAAAAUGUCAAACAAGUACCUUGUGAUAAAACACGUAAAAUAUUUACUGAUUCAUGGGGAAUUAUAAGUGAUGGACCUAUGGGAUCAAACUACACUCAAGAUUCUCACUGCGAGUGGCUCAUUAAAGCAAAUAAUAGCAGACAAUUUAUAACUUUGAGCUUCAGAACAAUGGGAACAGAGUGUAGUUAUGAUUAUGUAUUUGUUUAUGAUGGUGAUUCAUUUCGUUCACCGUUGCUGGGUAGUUUUAGUGGUAAAACUGAACCUCAACAAGUUACAUCAUCAUCUGGUUAUAUGCUAAUUUUAUUAUACAGCGACACAAAUUAUGUAUUGGAUGGUUUUUAUGCUGAAUUUUCAGUAACAGAUUGUCCAAAUAAUUGUACAAAACAUGGAAAAUGUAUAAAUAAUAUUUGUGUAUGUGAAAAUUAUUGGGGCGGUAAAGAUUGUUCACGUGAAUUAUGUCCAAAUAAUUGUAGUGGAAUUAAAUCUGGUAGCUGUGGUAUUAAAAAAUGUCAAUGUCGUAAAGGUUUUUCCGGUCAAUCUUGUUCAUUGAAUAAUAUUAAUCCUGAUGGUAAUAAAUGGCACUGGUUAUCACACUCUGAAGGUGGUUUGACACCACGUGCUGCUCAUACUGCUAUUUAUGAUAAUAAAACAGAUUCAUUAUAUGUAUUUGGUGGUUACAAUCUUAAUAAUGUAUUGAGUGAUUUACAAAUUUAUCGUUUUAAUACAAGCCAAUGGGAAAAUGAAUAUGGUGAAAUAUUAGAAGGUGCAUCUGCUACUGAAUAUUUAGAUCCAAUGCUUAUUGCUGGUGAAUUAGAACGUAUUGGAUUAACGGGAACAGAAGCUGAAGAAAAAUAUGGAAUAUCAUCAAGUUCAUUGGUAUGGAAAGUACUUAAUAAUAUAAAAAAUAAUUCAAGUGCUUUUAAUUUUCAUGAUGCUAAUAAAUUACACCAACAACACCAACAAUCAUCUAUUAUUUCUGAUACUAAUAAAAAAAAUAAUUGGAGAGAAUUUAUUAAUGGUCGUGAUUAUCGUUCUACUAAACGAAAAAAACGUCAAACUAAUCAAGAUAAUAAUAAUAAUAAUAAAGAAGAAGAAGAAGAUAAUGAAAAUUAUCCUAGUCCACGUUAUGGACAUGCUGGUUGUAAAUAUAAAAAUGGUUUUGUUAUUUAUGGUGGUAAAUUAUCAAAUGGUUCAUUAUCAAAUCAAUUAUGGCAUUAUGAUGUUGAAUUAAAAAUUUGGACAUUAAGAGGAAAAAAAUCAAAAUUUAUACCACCAGCAUUAACACGUCAUACAUUAACACUUACUGAUGAUGAUUAUAUAUAUUUAUUUGGUGGUAGUACUAAUGAUGGUGAAUUUUCAUCAAAUUUAUAUUGUAUUAAAUUAAAUUUAACAAAUCCAGAUAAUGAACAAUGGAGAAAAAUAAUAUCACGUGGUGGUAAAGAAUUAGAUGUACGUGUUGUUGCACAUACAACAGUAUAUCAUAAAUCAACAAAUUCAUUAUUAAUAUACGGUGGUGUUGUUGCAAGUGUUGCACGAUUUAGUAAAUUAUCAGAUCGUAUGUUUGUAUUUCAAUUAAAUCGUAAAGUAUGGUCAGAAAUAAAUUAUCCACGUGCACAUUUAAGAGAUACUUAUGUACCACGUGAACGUGCAUUUCAUACAUGUAAUAUUAUUGGUAAUUAUUUAGUUGUUUUUGGUGGUUAUUCACAUCGUCAUAAUAAAGAAGAAAUAUGUUAUGAUAAUCAAAUGUAUUUAUAUCAUUUGGGUUGUCAUGUUUGGGUAAGUCAUGAAGUAUUUGGAUCAUCAAUAAUAAAUGAUAAUAUAAAUAAUAACGGUAAUGGUAAUAAUAAUUAUCCAAAACAACAAGGUGUAUUUGCACAUGCUGCUGAUGUUAGAAAUGGCAAUACAUUAAUUUUAGUUGGUGGUUAUCAUGGUAAUGUUAAUGGUGAUUUAUUAGCUUAUACAUUACCAUCAAUGUUAUCACCUGGUGAUAAUGAUUAUAAUAAAGGAUUAGAACCAGAACAAUUAUGUUAUAAACAUAAAACAUUUACUGAAUGUUCAUCAAAUCCAGAAUGUGGUUGGUGUUCUGCUGAUGAAUUAUGUUAUGGACGUACUAUUGGUAGUAAUUGUACAACAAAUUUACAAACAUCACGUUGUCCAGGUGUAUGUCCAGCAUUAGGUGAUUGUCAUUCAUGUUUAAUUCAUGGACAAUCAAAUACAAAUAAUGGUAGUGGUAGUGGUAGUUGGGGUAUUAAUAUACGUAAUAAAAAAUCAAUAUCAAAUAAAUUAAAUCUUGAUACAUGUACAUGGUGUGUUGAAAAUGCACGUUGUCAUCAUAAAGAUGAUAAUUAUGGUGUAUGUGGUUUACGUGAUGAUACAUUAUCACAAAUACCUGGAUGGUGGGGAUCUAAAGGUACUGAAAUAAUAAGAGUUGAUGAAUGCCGUCAGUAUGAUCGUCGUCCUGGUUUAACAUUUUUAAAAUAUAAACCACCAGUUAAUUUAACCCAACCAGAUUAUGUUACUAUUGUUAAUGCAACGACAAUUGAUUUUAAUGUACCAUCAAUGCAAGGUGCUAAAACAGAAUCGGGUCUUGGUGGUGAAAUGAUAGCACGACUUGUUGGUUUUUUAAGAUUACCACAAUAUUUUUGGGAUGAUAAUGCAGAAAAUAUUAAAAUAUGUGUAAGUUAUAACAGUGCAACACUACGAGUUAGUCAUAAUCUUGACAAUAAUAUCAAUAAUAAUGAUAAUAAUUAUGAUGAUGAAUUAGAAUUAGUUGCUAAUUUAACUGCUGAAACAUCACAGUGUAUACCAACAAAAUGGUCAUCAAAUGGUAAUAAAAUGUUAUUACAACAAAAUGGACGUUAUUUAUUAGAUUUUGAAUCAAAACGUAUGGUAACUGUUAAUUAUGCAUAUCCAAGUAAAAUGGAAAUAACUCAUAGUAAAAAAUCUGAAAAUCCUAAAGUAUUUACAUUUGAAUAUCUUGAGCCAUAUAAAAAUGGUACAUGCCAACAGUAUAAUAAUUGUUUACAUUGUUUAACAGAUUCAUCAUGUGGUUGGUGUGAAUUAAAUAAUAAAUGUUUAUCACGUACAUUAAAUGAAACUGAAAAUUGUAUAACAACAAUUGAAUAUAAUAAUAAAAAUAUUACUGAAUGGCGUUAUUUAACAAUAACACCAUCAACUUGUGCCAAUUGUUCUAAUUAUAUAACAUGUAAAUCAUGUGUUAUGACUAAUUUAUGUGAAUGGUGGACUGAAGAAGCAAGAUGUGCUAGAAUAGGACGUUUACCAAACAGCGUAUUAAAUAUUGAACAAUGUCCAAUACCAUGUCGUCAUAGAAAAAAUUGUACUCAAUGUUUAGAUGAACGAGGUCGUUGUGUUUGGUGUGAAGCAACACAUGAAUGUUUUUCAUUUUCUGUUUAUACAUCAGAAUAUCAAUUUGGUUUAUGCCGUGAAUGGAUGGAUCAAGCUGGACUAAUGGGUGUUACAUCAAGAUCAUCAACAUCAUUGUCAUCAUCAUCAUCAUCAUUAUCAUCAUCAUCAUCAGAAUCAAUAUUUUCUUCUAAUAAUAAUAAUUAUCAAUGUAAAAGCUGUAGCCGUCAUACAAAUUGUACAAAUUGUCUUCAUUCAUUGAGUUGCGGUUGGUGUUAUAGUUUUGAUAAUCCAAUUACUGGUGUUUGUGUUCAAGGUGAUUUUAAUAAUCCACAUGUUAAUUGUAGUAUUGCUAUAAAUGAUUAUUAUGGAAUAAAUGAAACAACAUUAAUAAAUCGUGAUUCUGGUUGGGCAUAUGCACAGUGUCCAGAUGUUGAUGAAUGUGAUCUUGGAUUACAUGAUUGUCAUAUAAAUGCUAUUUGUACAAAUACACAUGGUAGUUAUAGUUGUAAAUGUAAACGUGGUUUUAAUGGUGAUGGACGUAAUAAUUGUACUAAAACAUGUUAUGAAAAAUGUAUUAAUGGUUAUUGUAGUGAAUCACCAGAAUAUAAAUGUAAUUGUUAUCUUGGAUGGACUGGUCCUGAUUGUCGUACUAAUUGUGGUUGUUACAAUCAUUCAACUUGUAUUACUGGUGUCGGUAUUUGUGAUGAAUGUAAAGAUUGGACAACAGGUAAAUAUUGUCAAGAAUGUAAACCUGGUAGUUAUGGUAAUGCAACAACAAUUAUUGGCUGUCGUAAAUGUAAUUGUAAUGAUCAUGGUAAUAGUUAUUUAAAUUAUUGUGAUGGUAUUACUGGUAAAUGUUAUUGUAAAGAUAAUACUGAAGGUGAAAUGUGUGAUAAAUGUAAAAAAGGAUAUUACGGUGAUCCACGUAAUGGCGGAAUGUGUUACUAUGGUUGUAUGUCACGUGGUAUGUUAACAGGACAACAAGAUGACGGUGGUAUUAAUAGCAAACAAGGUCUAGGUAGUCGUUAUUCACAAUUAUCAUUGUGGGAAAGUCAUCUUGCUGGUAGUCAAACACGUGAAUGUUUAUGGAUUGUCCGUCCAUCAAAUAAUAAUAAUAGUAAUAGUAAUAAUAAUGAUAAUGAUAAUGAUACAUUAACAACAACAACAUCAUCGUCUUCAUUGUCAUUGUCACAAAGUAUUAUACAAUUUACAAUAAAUGAUGAUAUAAAUGUAAGUUGUCAGGAAAAUAGCGUUUAUGUUUAUGAUGGUUUACCAGAUUUUGUAUCAUCAACAAAUAGUCAUCAGAGUCAAUUAUUGGGUGUUUAUUGCACUGAAAGUACAAAUUAUCCAGUAACUGUUGAAGCUAAAUCGGGUACACUUACCGUCCAUUAUAAACAACUUGAUGAAAUAGAAGGUUUUAAUGCAAGUUAUAUUAUAAUGACAUGUGGUGAUGAUGAUAUUAAUUGCCCGGCAAAUCGUGAAUGUAGAAAUGGCCAAUGUUUAUGUAAAAUUGGUUUUGUUGGUAUUAAUUGUGAUAUUGAAUUGUGUCCAAAUAAUUGUACAUCAUUAAAAAAACAAGGAAUUUGUGAUAAAAGUUAUGGUCAUUGCGUUUGUUCAAAUGGUUAUGGUGGUCGUGAUUGUUCAAUUAAAAUAAAAUCACAUCAAUUGGUAUUUACAGAAUUAUUUAAUUCAGAAUAUCUUGCUGAUAAUUUAGAUCAUUUACGUAAAACAUUACCACGUUUUGGUCACAGUCUUGUUGCCGAUAGACGUGGAAGUCUAUGGAUGUUUGGUGGUUAUUCAUUGAGUCAUGGUCCAUUAAAUGAUAUACGUUUAUUUGAUACUAAAAAUAAUACAUGGAUGCCAGUAACUGUUGAAUCAACAUCUGAAGCAUCAAUGCCACAAGGACGUUAUUUUCAUGCUGCUGAAAUAAGUCAUAGUCGUCAACAAAUUUAUGUUUAUGGUGGAUUAUCACGUAAAGAACAAGGUAUCAGUGGUUUAUCUAAUAAUACAUUGAGUGAUUUUUGGAAAUUUAGUUUACAAAAUCAACGAUGGAGUCUUGUAACAAAGCAUCCUUUAAAAUCAUCAUCACCUGCAGCAGCAGCAGCACCACCACCACCACCACCAUCACCAUUAGAAUCAGAAUCAUCAGCAACAGCAACAACUACAUCAACCACAACAACAACAACGACAACUACAACACCAACUACAACUACAACAACAACAACAACCACCACCACCACCACACCAACACCAUCGUUUUCUUCAUCAUCAUCAUUAAAUUUUGAAUUUGGAUCAGUACCACCACCAUUGGCAGGUCAUACAUUGACACUACGUCGUAAUGGUGAAUCUGAAAGUUUAAUUUUAAUUGGUGGUUUUAGUCCAAAAUAUGGUUAUAUGGAUAAUGUAUGGGAAUUUAAUUUAGAAACUGAAUUAUGGUCAUUAAUAGUAACACGUGGUAAUGGUCCAUUGGGUGUUUAUGGACAUUCAACAGUUUAUCAUUCAAAAUCAGAUAGUUUUUAUGUAUUUGGUGGGUACAUGUAUGCUAUUAAUCGUACAUUUAUAUCAAAUAAAUUAUAUGCACUUAAUUAUAAAACAUUUACAUGGUCAGUAUUACCACCAUUCGAUGAUGACAAUAUUGAUGAUGAUGAUGAUGAUAAUAGUAGUAAUAGUUUACCACAAGCAAGAUUUUUACAUUCAGCAGUUACAACAGAUGAAUAUAUGGUUAUAUUUGGCGGUCGUCAAAAUCCAUACAAUACAAAUGAUUCAUUGAUAGCUUAUGAAUAUGCUUGUAAUUUAUGGAUUAAACUUAUAACAAAAGAUACUGAAAUAAUUGGGACACCACCACCACCAGCUUAUGCCCAUGCAAUGACUCAUGCUGAUCCUGAAAUAAAUACAAUUUAUGUUGUCGGUGGUUUUGAUGGGGGUAUAAAUAGUCAUGUUACACAAAUAAUAAUUCCCGAUGAUUUAUGUAAUUUAUGGACUGAAAAAAAAAUUUGCCGUAAAUAUUUUGGAUGUUCAUUUUGUUCAGUAACAACAAUAUCUGGUAAUAAUGAAUCUUAUUGUUUUUCAAAUCAACAAUCAUCGUCAUCAUCAUCAUCAUCAUCAUCUUCUUUAAUGUCAUCAUCAAUAAAUUAUCGUAUUGAUAAAUGUAAUACAAAUGUAACAAUGUCACAACGUUCAAAUGGAAUUUAUUGUAAUUAUGAUUGGAUGGCAAGUCGUAAAUGUCAAAAUUUAAAAACUUGUACUGAAUGUUUAGCCCAAUGGCCUUAUUAUCGUGACAAUGAUAAUGAUGAUGAUAAUAAUAAUGAUAAAGAUAUUAAUCGUCCUAUUUGUAAAUGGUGUACUAAUUGUCCAACACCAAAUGGUAAAUGUAUACCAGUUGAUAAAGAUUGUGAUGAGCAUAAUAAAUGUAAUUUACGUAGUAAAUUAUCAAUAAUUGAUGUUAAUCAAUGCGGUGAAAGACAAUGCCCAGCAAGUGAUUGUGAUAAAUGUAGUAAAUUAGAUGAUGAUUGUAUCUGGACACGUCAGGUUCUUAAAACAUCAGAAUUUGGCGUUAAAAUGACAAGUGAACCAAUUUAUGAUUGGAAUUGUGUAUCUAAAGAUAUAUUUGAACGUUCAAGUAUUAAAAUGGCAACAAGUAGUACGCAAUGUGAAUCAAGAUGUUGUCAUCAUAAAGAUUGUUCAAGUUGUUUGCGUGGUACUGGUGCUGAAGGUGGUUGGCAUGAGUGUAGAUGGUCAACCCAAUUAAAUGAAUGUAUUUCACCAUCAUAUCAACCAUUAUAUUGUGCUGGUGGUGUUUGUGGUUUAGUAUUACGUAAUUCUGAUAUUUUACAAUGUCCAGAACCUUGUUCAGUAUUUAAACAAUGCAGUACUUGUUUAAAACAUUCACACUGUGGAUGGUGUUCACUUGAUUCUGAUAAUUUAACCGGACAAGGAAUUUGUACUGAAGGUUCAUUGGAAGCACCAACAGAUCAUCCUGCCGGUGGAACUUGUCAAAUGCUUUACGAUAAAUUAAAUCCUUCGCCAAUAGAACCCAUUACAACAACAAUUUUACCACAUGAUUUUACGGAUACUAGUUUUGUAAUCGAUCAAGAUUUUAGUUUAACAAAUGAAACAUUCCCGCCAAUCGUUGGUUUAACUAAAAUAUUUUCUUGGCAUUAUGUACGUUGUCCUCCAGAAAACGAAUGUUUAAAUGGACAUCACACUUGUUCUGCAAAAAGUGAAAAGUGUCUUGAUCUUGAUGAAGGUUUUGAAUGUAUAUGCGGUGAUGGUUAUAAAAAUGAAACAACUUGGUCAACUGCAACAUCAUUAACAUCAUCUGGAUUAACAACAUUAAAUGAUUAUGGACAUAAAAUGUGUGUGCCAAUGUGUACUCAAGGUUGUGUAAGAGGUACUUGUAUUGAACCAAAUGUAUGCCGUUGUGAUUUUGGUUACGUUGGUGCCAAUUGUUCUAUUCAAUGUCAAUGUAAUGGACACAGUAAUUGUCGUGGUCCAGAUAAACUUGAUGAAUGUUUAAAAUGUCAUAAUAAUACAAUGGGUCCACAGUGUGAUAAAUGUGAGCCACUUUAUGUUGGUAAUCCAUCAGAUAAUGGACAAUGUGUACCAUGUCUUGAAUAUUGUAAUGGACAUACACGUAUUUGUAUUAAUGAAAGUAUGACUGUAUCAGAUCCAAAUUCAGUUGAUCGUAUGUCUAUUGAAUUAUUACAAAAACAACUUAUUGAAGGACCUGUUGCUAAAGCUAAAUGUGUUAAUUGUGGUAAUAAUACACGUGGUGAUAAAUGCGGUGAAUGUGUUUCCGGUUAUUUUCGUGGUACUGAAGAUUUACGUGAUAUAUGUAGACCAUGUCAGUGUCAUGGUCAUGGUAAUACAUGUGAUCCAAUAACCGGUGAAAAAUGUAAUUGUGGUAAUAAUACUGAAAGUGAACCACUUUGUACAAGUGGCCCAUCUAAAUUAUCAUCAUCAUCAUCAUCGUCGUCGUCGUCGUCAUCAUCGUCAUCAUCAACAAAUUCAAUAAAUGCCGGUGGUAAACCUUGUUGGAUGGUACAAUGCAGUAAAUGCCGUGAAAAUUAUGCUGGUAAUCCAACAAUGGGACAUCAAUGUUAUAAAACAGUUACUGUUGAUAAUAAAAUGUGUUUUGAUUCAAAAUUAAUUGAUGAAUGUAAAAUAAAACCAAAACCACUUAAUCCUGGGCAAACUGUUUUUUAUAUGGUACAACCAAGAUUUAUGAAUGUUGAUAUAAGAAUAAUGGUUGAUGUAACACAAGGUGCACUUGAUUUAUUUUUAAGUCCUCGUGAUGAUUCAUUUAUUGUUACAAUAAAUUCAACAACUGGUUAUCAAGAUGUUGAAUUAGAUGGAAAAUUUAAAUUUCGUAAAAAUAAUUAUGAAAAUUGGUCUCAAGAUGAUUAUAAUAUUGUUGAAUUUCAUCCACAUCAUCAUUCAUCAAAUUUUUCAUCUUCAUCAGAUUAUCAACAACAUCAACAGCAACAACAAAAUUGGAAUACUGGACCACAAUUUUUAUUAAUGGAACGUUAUGCAACAGAUAAUUUAGCAACAUUUGUAACAAUUGAACAAAGAAAUACAUUUUUGAUAAUACGUAAUCUUACAAAUCGUUUGGUAUUGACAUUACCACAAGAUAAACAUGAAUUAGGUCUUACUAAAUUUCAUAUUGCAUUGAGAGCAAUUGAUCCACCUUAUAUUGAAUCAACAACAAAUGGACGUGCCGCCUAUGGAAUGAUAUUUUUUCGUCAAGAUCAAUUACACAUUGAUCUAUUUGUAUUUUUUUCUGUAUUUUUUUCUUGUUUUUUUCUUUUUUUGGCAGCAUGCGUUGUUGCCUGGAAAACAAAACAAGCAGCAGACGUACGGCGAGCACGAAGACGUCACGUUGUUGAAAUGUUACAUAUGGCUAAACGUCCUUUUGCCUCGGCAAUUAUUCUUUAUGAUCGUGACAAUAAUAAUACUGAUGAUCGUAGUCCAACAUCACCUCAGCAACGUAAACCUGGACGUGCGAGAAAUCAAAAAAUUGUUAAUUUUCACAGUGACGUAAGACCCGUUGCCGUUGAACCGACAGACGAUGGUGUUGCUGCAGUAGCAACAGUAUUUAUAAGACUUCCCGGUGGUCCACAUGCUCCAGUUAAAUUAGCUCUUGGUAGUUCAUUGAUUUUAUUGACUCGUGUCUAUCCAGUGAAUAGUAGAGUAUUUUUACGUCGUCGAAACAGUCACGCUUUAAGUUAAAGAACAAAAAAAAAUAAUAUAUAUAUAUUUUUUAUUUAAACCAUGACCGAUUUUAAAUCACAAGUCAAUGUAUUAUAUUGUGCUGCUAUUUUUAUUUUAUUUUUUUUUUUAUAUGUAAAUAAUAUACUUGUGUCUUUUAUUUUUAUUUUAUUGUAAAAAAAAAAAACAAAAAAAAAGUAUAAUAAAAUUCUGUAUAAUUUUUUAUCUGUACAGAUUUAAAUAAUUGUCCAAUUA